AUGAGCAACAUACAGAAUAACAAAGUUAGCUUACCACCAAUAUCCAAUAUACUCCGUGAGUCAGGACCGGUGUACCAACAAACAUAUGAAGGAUCCUUCCCAAGAUACGAAGUAGGACCCCCACCACCAAUGGAGGCCCGUUUUGGAAGUUACCAACGUCCUAGAUACGGUUCUCGCUUUGAGAUGGGAGCUAGAUAUGAGACCUUGCCUAGGCAUGAGGGUCCAAUGUAUGCCGUGUCACCUAAAUUUGAAAUGUCGCCUAGAUAUGAACAGGCCAGGUUGCCUGUGUCACCAAGAUAUGAAACGUCUUCUCAGUAUGCCUCAAGAUAUGAAGGUAUGGCUCGUCCCAGCUUUGAUACCACUCCUAGAUAUGGAGGACCAGUAUACGACAGACCUAGAGCUGCAUCAUCUGAGCCAGCCAGACCAGUAUCGGGCGUGGUUCCAACCAACUUCACUUCAGACGAGUCAAAAUACCCAGCCAAGCUCGCGAGCGACGCAGGAGUGUGCAAGCGCAAAACUAGAAACAAUCUCCCAAAAGAAACUACCUACAUCCUCAUAAAUUGGUUAAACGACCACCUCAAUCACCCAUACCCAAAUUCGUUCGAAAAGAACCAGUUAAUGAUUGCCACAGGAUUGAACCAUCAACAAUUGCUGAACUGGUUUAUAAAUGCCAGAAGACGUAAAAUAAAAAUGUUAAAGGAACAAAGAAAAUUGAAUUCAUAG